AACAAGAAAGUCAAUAAAAUGUGUUUUCGGGACCGGGAUUGUUUUCCAAAGUUUUCCGUUGAAAAAAGUGCUAAACUUUAGAACUUUAGAAGAGUUUUUUCAACGAAAUAAGAAUUUAUUUUAUCAUUGAUCAUUUAUAUAAUCUUAUGGCUUUAUAGUGAACCAAUGUAGUGAUCUGUGUAAUUGUGUUGAUGAAUUGCAACCAUUCUGGAAAUCGACAGUUAAACCAAAAUGCCGACAUGGAAUCAAAUCCAAUCUCAAUUGAAAAAUCCGAACAACCCUGUUGUUUUUCUUGAUGUUAGCGUCGGAGCAACGGAAAUAGGACGAAUGAUCAUUGAACUGUAUGCCGAUGUUGUUCCGAAAACUUGCGAAAAUUUCAGACAGUUUUGUACCGGAGAAUACAAGUCGAAUGGCCUUCCAACGGGUUACAAAGGAUCAACUUUUCAUCGUGUCAUUAAAGAUUUUAUGAUUCAAGGAGGAGAUUUCAUUAAUGGAGACGGAACCGGAUCAUUGAGUAUAUACAGCGGUCUUCAGUUUGCCGAUGAAAAUUUCAAUAUGAAACACGAUGCUCCUGGAUUAUUAGCCAUGGCCAACAGUGGUAAAGAUACGAACGGAUGCCAGUUUUACAUCACUUGUACGAAUACCAACUUUUUGGAUGGUAAACACGUCGUGUUUGGUCGUGUAAUUGAUGGUUUAUUGGUUGUUAGGAAGAUUGAAAAUGUACCAACAGGCCCUAAUAAUAAACCAAAAAUACCGAUCAUAAUCUCGCAAUGUGGACAAAUGUGAAAAAAAUCAAUAAUCGUAACACAAGCAUCUUGUCUGAAGUGUCGAUGUCGUCGCUUUCAUAACGUAUUCGUUUCGAUGCUAAAUUGAGGAUAAAAAUUGAUGCGUAUUUGAUUGGUUGGAUUAAAUUGUGAUAUAUGUACCAUACGACUCGUAAGAAUGUAGGAUAAAAAUUAAAAAAAGAAAUCAUAUUUUUUUA